GUGUUGUGCUUUAUGCUCUUAUGACGAAUAAAUUACCUUUUAUGGAUGAUUUCGUACCUCGUUUACAAUUCAAAAUUAUUAAUGGACGUUAUGACGAAAUGGCACUUCACGAAUCCGGUUGUUGUGAUGAUUUACGAGAUUUGUUGAAAAAAAUGUUUAAGACUGACUUCACUCAACGAUUAACUAUAAAUGAAGUCAUGAAUCAUAGAUGGUGUCAACAAUGA